ACAAAGGAACAUCCCAUUUUCACAGCAGUAGCCUCGGGCGUUUGCAGGUAUUAUAAAAGGGCUGAAGCUUUUUCUUGUAUACAUUCAUUGCUGAUCAACCCACUCUCAACAUUUUUUUCUCUCUGGCUGGUUGUUAAGCACAGGGCUGAAAAUGCCUCCACCAGGUGUGUGUAUGAACAUUAUUAAUUCACGUCACAAGAACGAUGGGUUUGGGACCAUUUCCAAGCCUGAACCUUUCCUCAGACAAGACUACCAGCAGCUCAGGCAGUACUGUCUCAUCAAGCAGGUGCGGUUCAUAGACGAAAUGUUCCCCCCCGACAGGAAAUCCAUCGGCAAAGGGGUACUGAAUCCUGCUGACUUGGCCAAAGUGGUGUGGCUGAGACCAUCAAAAUUGGUCCCGACACCAUUUUUACAGGUUGAUGGGAUCUCCAGGUUUGAUUUUGGUCAAGGCAUAAUUGGAAACUGCUGGUUUCUUGCAUCGAUCGGCGCUCUGACUUUCCAGAAACACAUCUUUCAGCAAGUUGUCCCUCUUGAGCAAACAUUUCAGGAAGAGUACUGCGGGCUGUUCCACUUCAGGUUCUGGAGAUUUGGAAGAUGGGUGGAUGUCGUCAUUGAUGACAAGCUACCAACGAUCAAUGGCAGGCUAAUCUUUGUUCACUCGAAAGACCCAACUGAGUUCUGGCCUGCUCUGCUGGAGAAAGCCUAUGCCAAAGUGUGUGGUUCUUACGCGGACAUGAACGCCGGAACUCCUGCCGAGGCUUUGGUGGACUUCACUGGUGGUGUUCACAUCUGUAUCCCGCUGUCAGACCCUCCUUCAAACCUGUGGGAGCUGAUGUACAGAGCUGCUAAAUCCAGGUCACUGAUGGGUUGUGGUACACCACAGGGGGAGACAUCUGAAAACACUGUGCUACCAAAUGGAUUGGUCCAAGGCCAUGCCUACACCGUCACAGGCAUUAAACAGGUGAUGAGCCAAGGACAACUAGUAAACCUGGUGCGUUUGUGGAACCCUUGGGGCGCCGGAGAGUGGAAGGGAGACUGGAGUGAUCAGUCGGUGAUGUGGCAAACCGUGAGUCCUGACGAUCGUGAGAUGUGCCUUUCUGUGCGUGAUGAUGGGGAGUUUUGGAUGACCCAGGAAGACUUCUGUAAGUUCUACUCGGAUCUCGACAUCUGCUGCCUGUGUCCCGACUUCCUUGAUGGAGACUCCUCUUGCCAGUGGAAGACCUCUUUCUAUGAGGGCAGAUGGGUCGCCGGAACCACUGCUGGAGGAUGCAUGAAUAACCCUGAGAGCUUCUGGACUAAUCCACAGUACAGAGUCACGGUUGAGAACGAUGACUGCGCUUGGCAGGAGGGAGUAAAAAACGUGCUGGUGUCUCUCAUGCAAAAGCCUGACAAGAGGAACAGACGCCUGGUCAACAAUUUGCACAUUGGAUUAACUAUAUUUGAGGUGCCCGAAGAAUACAAGAAGCACACAGGGAAGUUUCCAGACACUUUCUUCGGGAGAAAUCGGCCUGUUGGCCAAUCUAAAACCUACAUUAACGCACGAGAGACGAUGGAGUUCCUCAGUCUGAAGCCCGGUGAAUACCUGGUUGUGCCGUCCACCUUCAAGCCCAAUGAGACAGCCUCUUACAUCAUAACCAUCCUGUCCAAGGCUGAGACCCACAUGCAUGAGAACUCUGGUGGCCACCACGAACGUAUGGAAGUAGAAGAGGGCAAACAAGCCGAAAAUGGAGAGUCUGACGGAAAUAAGAGAGAAUUCUUCCGUCAAUACUCUGACAAGUAUGAAGAAGUGGACUGUGAGCAGCUCCAGAAGCUUCUGAACGAAAGAUUCCUGAAAGGAGACUUGAAAUCCGGAGGCUUCAGCAUUGAUGCCUGUCGCAGCAUGGUUGCUCUGAUGGAUUCGUCAAUCACUGGCAAACUGAAUGAUGAGGAACUUGUUCGUCUGUGGCGGAAGCUCGACGUAUACAAGGAAACUUUCUUCCGCACUGAUGCUUCACAAACAGGAACACUGUCACUGAGUGAGCUCAGGAACGCAGUCAUGGCCUCAGGAAGGAGGAUCAGUGAUGAUAUGCUGAAUCUGAUGGCUCUGCGCUACGGUAACUCCUCUGGAAUGAUAACGCUGGAGAACUUCAUCUGUCUGAUCCUUCGCUUUGAAUGCAUGAACCAAAUCUUCAACCAGUUAGCCAGCGAGACAGUCUUGACUCUCAGCGAAUCGGAGUGGCUGUACAUUUCGAUGUACACUUAACCUGACGGAGAAGAUGAACCGCAGGAUUCAUUUAGAAUUACAGCAACAGCUGAUUUGAAAGAAGAUAAAUACAAAAUGGGUUUUACUGCAUAUGGGCUAUUACACAGUAUAAUUUAACAGGACAUUUACUUCUAACGUUUCUCCUGUUGAGGGUAUAGUAAAAACUGUCCUCCUUUCUCCUCACCUUCUCUUUCACUUGUCUCUUUCUCCCACUGUGAGAAAAACUGCAAGGACCUGACACAGGCUGCUCAUUUUUGGAAUUACAAAGCCAAUGGCAACUGGCAACCUCGCUUACCUGUUAUUACAAAGGUCAAAAUUUACAUAGAAAUGACAAAAAUACAGAUUAUGAAUGUAUGUCAUGAGUGUGUUUCAUUCUUACCCAAGUUAAAUUUGUUACAAAUGCUAUUUUUUAGUUAAAACUGAAUAUAGAUUUAGAGCAAAUUAUUGAAAACUGAAUUGGUUAAUGAAGACAAACUGUAUCAAAUCAUUAAUUGUUACAACCCAAAUUUGGCUUAUAGAUAUUGUUCAUAUGAAAAUACAAACUAUCCCAUGAUAUGCAACUAAAACACUGUACCUUGUUAAGUCUGCAUGUUACUCUGAUGUACUCCAUUCAUUUUAUGUGGGUUACUGCAUUUUUCUGUCUUACUGUUGGGGAUAACGUGCUGUGGGAAUAGGCUUUUAGCCACGCUAGCAUCAGCCAGUACACCACUUUCAUCCAAACUAAAAUAUCUCAACAACUAUUGGAUGGAUUUCCAUAAUUUGUGCCCCCCUGAGGACGGAAUAUAAUCAGCUUUGGUGAUCCUUUAACUUUUCAUUUGGCGUCAUCAUCAGGUCAAAAUUUUACUGUGUCAAGUACAUCCUCAGCUUCGCUUUGUGUUUAGUGCUAACAUGUUAGCAUGCUAGCACACUAAACUAAGAUGGUGACCAUGGUAAACAAUAUUCUAGCUAAAUAUCAGCAUGUUAGCACUGUACAAUGUGAGCAUGUUAGCAUGCUGAUAUUAGCGUUUAGCUCAAAGCACCUCUUCAUACAGAAGUAUAAUCUCACACAGCUGCUAGCAUGGCUGGAGACCCUCACUUCUUUACAUUUUCAGAGGCAUUUUCUUUUUAAGGUGGGAGUAUGUAUUUUUAAUCACUUUAUAUUGUACAAAAUAAAGACAUUAUCCAAACAGUUUCACUGUA